AUGUUCGUAUUGGAUGAAGCUGAUGAACUUUUAUCUCAUGGUUUCAAGGAGCAAAUUUAUGAUGUAUUUACGGCGCUGCCAGAAAAUGUUCAGGUCAUUGUUGUAUCGGCUACGAUGCCCUGUGAUUUACUCGAAAUCACAGCAAAAUUUAUGAAUGAUCCUGUGAAAGUUCUUAUCAAGAGAGAAGAACGAACGCUCGAAGGUAUUCGUCAAUUUUACUUGAAUGUCGAACGUGAGGAGUGGAAAUUAGAUACAUUAUAUGAAUUGUUCGAUACAUUAACGAUCACACAAACUAUCAUUUUUUGUAACACAUGUCAAAAGAUCGAUUGGUUAACUGAAAAACUACGUGCACGUAAUUCAACUGUAUCUGCUCUGCAUCUUAAUAUGGACGCAAAACAACGUAAUGAUGCCAUAAAAGAAUUUCGAAUGGGUUCCAGUCGAAUCUUGGUAAGAACAGAUAUGCUUGGAGGUGAUACUGAUAUUCCACAAGUUAGUCUUGUUAUCAAUUAUGAUCUACCGACUAAUCGUGAGAGCUAUAUUCAUCGUAUUGGACGUAGUGGUGCAUUCGGUCGAAAAGGUGUGGCUAUCAAUUUCAUUACCAAUGAUGAACGACAAACAUUACACCACAUUGAACAAUAUUAUAAUACACAAAUCGAAGAACUGCCUAUGGACAUUACUGAUUUGAUUUAA